AUGCAGAUCAAGUUUGUCAUCUCCUGCCUCCUGGUCGGCGCCAUGGCCGCGCCCUCGCCCUCCCCCGCCGGCACGGACGCUCUCGUCCAACUCCAGGCUCGGACCCCGGGUGGCUCACCGUCCCGCGCCCCGAGUGGCUCACCGGCCCGCGACUCGGACGCUGGCUCCGCAGAAGACAAGUCAGAGCGCUCCCGUAUCAGCUCCUGGCUCCACCGCUCCCCCAAGAAUUCCGCCUCUUCUUCCGACGACGAACAGGAGAGGCCCAGCCGACCGCCGCACCCGGCCCCCAAGUCGGGACACAACAAAGCAGGACACCGGGUGCACACGGCCAUUGCGAGUGCAAACAUGGCGGGCGGGCGUAUGUGA